AUGAAUGAAGAGUACAAAAUAUCCCCAACGCCAGAUAGUAGUUCACCCGCCAAGAUCAGUGCUACAGUUCACCCACUAAGAUCAGUGCUACAGUUCACCCACCAAGAUCAGUGCUACAGUUCACCCGCCAAGAUCAGUGCUACAGUUCACCCACUAAGAUCAGUGCUACAGUUCACCCACCAAGAUCAGUGCUACAGUUCACCCGCCAGGAUCAGUGCUACAGUUCACCCGCCAAGAUCAGUGCUACAGUUCACCCACCAAGAUCAGUGCUACAGUUCACCCACCAAGAUCAGUGCUACAGUUCACCCACCAAGAUCAGUGCUACAGUUCACCCACCAAGAUCAGUGCUACAGUUCACCCACCAAGAUCAGUGCUACAGUUCACCCACCAAGAUCAGUGCUACAGUUCACCCACCAAGAUCAGUGCUACAGUUCACCCACCAAGAUCAGUGCUACAGUUCACCCACUAAGAUCAGUGCUACAGUUCACCCACCAAGAUCAGUGCUACAGUUCACCCACCAAGAUCAGUGCUACAGUUCACCCACCAAGAUCAGUGCUAUAG